CCACACAGAGGGCUUUGUUCUGAAGAUGCGACGAAUCUAGGAUUAUAGUUUCACCCUUAGUAAUUUACAUUUCGUCGUGUUGCAGUCCGUAGCUGCUUAUGUUUUCCAAAAAUAACUGUGAUAUAACGGAUUAUGACUGCAAUGAAGGGGAGUUGUGUCAUUCUGUGGAUUUUUGCGGUUUCAUUGUGUUGGAGUAUAGUGGACGGGCAGAUUGCAUACGUUGUUUUGGAGGAGGCUAGCCCAGGAACAGAAAUCGGAAAUCUAGCAAAAGAUUUAAAUCUUAAUGUGCAAGACCUGGGACAUCGAGGAUUUGAAAUCGUUCCGGGACCAAAUAAGAGGUAUUUUGACAUUAAUUUAAAAACGGGGAUUUUACAUGUUAAAGAAAGAAUAGACCGAGAGAAGCUUUGCAACCGAGACGCAAAAUGCUCAUUGGAAUUAGAGGCAAUUGUUAACUCGCCGUUAAAUAUGUAUCGGUUUGAAGUUAACGUAAUUGAUAUUAACGACAAUACGCCAACUUUUCCGUUGUCUAAAGCAAGGCUGAAUAUUUCAGAAUUGUCAUUUCCUGGGGAGAGAUUUCCAUUACCAGUUGCGUUUGAUGCAGAUGUGGGCAGUCACGCAGUAAAGAGUUACAAGAUAAGCCAAAAUGAACACUUUUCUCUAGAUAUCAAUGGAGAGCAAAGUGUUUCUGCUGAAUUAGUUUUACAGAAAGCUUUAGACCGAGAGAAACAGCCUGUGAUUCAGCUCAUACUGACUGCUGUAGAUGGAGGAAAACCUCCCCGAUCCGGUACUUUGCAAUUAGUUAUUAGUGUUGAGGAUGUGAACGAUAAUGUUCCAGUCUUUAGUAAGGCACUUUACAAAGCCAGUGUCAUUGAAAACUCUCCCCGUGGUACAUCCGUUGUUUCGGUUCAUGCUACUGAUGCAGACGAGGGCAAAAACGGCGAGAUCGUGUAUUCGUUUGUUAUGCAAAACAGCGAUGAGCAUUUUGAAACAUUUUCGAUUGACUCUGAAACUGGGCUGAUUACUGUACAGGGUGUUGUCGAUUUUGAGAAGCAAAAUGCAUUUGAAAUUCGUGUUCAGGCUAAAGAUAAAGGAGAUAAACCACGAGCAGCAUUAUGUAAAGUUUUAGUGGAAAUCAUGGACAUUAACGAUAAUUCUCCAGAGAUCUCCGUUAAUUCUUUGGUUAAUAUGAUUAGAGAGGACGCUACCGCUGAUACAAUGGUUGGAUUGAUAACAGUAAAAGAUAACGAUGCUGGUAAAAAUGGUGCUGUAAAUAUAAAAAUUCACAACUCUGUACCGUUUAAAAUACAGCACACUUACAAAAAUAAAUAUUCUCUAGUAGUCGAUGGCCCACUAGACAGAGAGAGCGUGUCUCAAUAUAACAUAACUCUCACGGCUACUGAUGAAGGGAUUCCUCCUCUAUCCAGCACCACUGUCAUUACUGUACACAUUUCUGAUGUAAAUGACAACGCACCACGUUUUCAAGACACCGUUAUUAAUGUGUAUUUGAAAGAGAACAGUCCGGUUGGGGCUGUUAUUUAUACAGUAUCUGCUUUUGAUCCUGAUGUUGGUGAUAAUGCUAGAACAUCAUAUUCAUUACAAGAAGCCUCUAAAACUGGUUAUGUAACAUCUAUGGUAAAUAUAAACUCGGACAGUGGUGAUAUUUAUAGUCUGCAAACACUUAAUUAUGAGGAAUUAAAAACGUUUCAGUUUAGAGUUCAGGCCACAGACUCUGGUGUUCCUCCACAGAGCAGUAACGUGACUGUGAAUGUUUUUAUCCUGGAUGAGAAUGACAACAGUCCUGCGAUUCUCGCUCCCUAUUCUGAGCAUGGCUCUGUUCACACUGAGAACAUUCCCUAUUCUGCUGAAGCGGGCUACUUUGUGGCAAAGAUCAGAGCUGUAGACUCAGAUUCUGGAUACAAUGCACUGCUUUCUUAUCACAUCUCUGAACCUAAAGGAAACAACCUUUUCCGGAUUGGAAGCAACAGCGGAGAGAUCAGAACUAAGAGGAGAAUGAGUGACAAUGACAUGAAAACUCAUCCAUUGGUUAUAUUGGUUUCUGAUAACGGAGAGCCCUCACUGUCAGCCACUGUGUCUAUUGAUGUUGUGGUUGUUGAGAGCACAGGUGACUUAAAGACUCAAUUCAAACAAGUCCCGUUAAAGGAGGACAGUUUCUCCUAUUUAAACAUGUAUUUGCUGAUCGCCAUUGUAUCAGUUUCAGUGAUAUUUUUACUGAGUCUGAUCAGUUUAAUAGCUGUAAAAUGCUGCAGGACUGAUGACAGUUUCAAUAGAUACAGUGCCCCAGUGAUCACCACACAUCCUGAUGGAAGCUGGUCUUACUCCAAAUCUACUCAGCAAUAUGAUGUUUGUUUUAGCUCGGACACAUUGAAGAGCGACGUUGUGGUUUUCCCUGCACAGUUUCCACCUACAGAUGCUGAAUUGAUCAGUAUAAGUGGAGAAGACACUUAUAAUAGGACACAAACACUCCCAAAUAAAGAGAAGGUAAGAUCUGUGACGAUAGAUCAUUAUGGAAUGUGUUCAAGCAUUACUGAUAUCUGAAAACUGUCUACCAAU